AGGGCGUCACUGUUUACAAUGGCAAUUGUCAUCACGUGAAGAAGUCACCGCUCGUUGCUCGGUGACAGGAGUGCGAAAUGGAUCAGAAGAUACCAUACGAUGACUACCAGCUUCCAGUGGUGUUCCUGCCCUCUUAUGAGAACCCACCAGCAUGGAUCCCCCCUCAAGAGCGGAUUCAUCACCCUGACUACAACAACGAGCUCACCCAGUUCCUCCCCCGCACCAUCGUCUUGAAGAAACCUCCAGGAGCACAGCUAGGCUUCAACAUCCGCGGUGGGAAGGCCUCGCAGUUGGGAAUCUUCAUAUCCAAGGUAGUUCCAGACUCUGAUGCUCACCGAGCAGGACUCCAGGAGGGAGACCAGGUUCUUUCAGUAAACGAGGUGGAUUUCCAGGACAUAGAACAUUCCAGAGCUGUGGAGAUUCUGAAGACUGCACGGGAAAUCCUGAUGAGAGUUCGCUUCUUUCCUUACAACUACCAGAGGCAGAAGGAGAGGACUGUCCACUAGGUGGCACCAGAGAGACGAGAAGAAAGAAGCACUGAGUCAGAAGACGUCACUGUACGUCAUCACCGCCCCUCUCCUCCCCCCUCACAACAAUAGGUGACUCACACACUAAUUCAUGGACAUCAAAACGACGUAGACUGCAUCUUAUGUGCAGCAUUCACACCUGCCAUCUUCACGUGCAGCGCAGUAUGUCAAUGUCUCCUGCUAGCGCACGUACACUGUGACAUAUCAAGACAUCACAUCUAUCUGUCAAUAUUUAUCUGCACUUUCCAACGCUAGCGCUGAGGUGUAGUUUGGUGCAUGCCUGUUGCAUUUAUUUACAUUUCAUGUCGGAUUUAGAAUAUCUUCAACACAUUUCAAACCAUGACCGUCUCUUUCGGAUUGCACUGUUUGCUCAAUUCUCAUCUACAGAGAAAAAGUGAUUAUUCAAGAUUCAAGAGAGUUUUAUUGUCAUGUGCAUGGUAAAACAGCAGUUAUACCAAGCAAUGAAAAUCUUAUUCUGUUCAUUCUCCCAAGAAAAGAAAGAAAACACAUUCGCUACACAAUAUCAUGAUAUUGCCUUGUUAUAUUGAUCUUUAAAAUAAAAACACUAUGUACAGUAUAUCAAAAUAAUAAGCAAGUCUGGAUUUGAUGUUCCCAUUGGUGCAGUUGUCCUGAUUAAGGAAACAUUGGAGCACAAUGUCACAGUACGACCUUUCUCAAUGUGAGCCAAUCACGCUAAAUACCACAAUUUCAGACAAAUGUCCCAAAAUGUCAACAUCUGACGUCAAUGUCCCAAUGAAGGGAUGUGGCGGCUCAUUGGUUCCAGACCCGACCGGGACAAAACAUUAGCAGGAAAAAAUGUUUUCAUUUUAUGAGAAUGAAGUCCUAAUAUUCUGUGUGUGGAAGAAACGGGAGCAUUAAGUUGAAAGAUUUCUUUAAAUCAAAUAUUUUAUUUUGUAAAUGUAAUAUUUGGAGAAAAUAAAGAAUGAAGUUGCAAAUUUUGGGAAAAUUAGGUUUGGGAAAAAGUUACGUCAAUACAAGAAUAAAGUCAAAACAUUAGAGAGAAAAAGUUGUCAUCUAACGAGGGGAAAUGUGGUCAUUUUACGAGAGUAAAAUCACAAUCUUCUGAGGAAAGAACGUGUCAUUUUUAGUUGCAUUUUUUUCCAAAUUUGUAAUAGUUGGAAUAAUACAAAAUACAACACAUUUGAUUUUAUUAAAUGUUUCUAUUACAAAUAUAUUUGUAAUAUUGUGAAUAAUAACAAUGUAUUUGUAUUAUUUAUUUUAUUAUGUUACAAAUAUUACAAUGUUUAUAAUAUUUUGAGGUUGCAAAUACAAUUUCCACGUAUUUUACAUGAUUGUGUCUUGUUUUUCUGUGGUAGAUUAGCUUGGCUGUUCUAAAAUAUCACCCUGCUACCUCAAUAUACUUCAGGGUUUACUUCAGUUGUUCAUUUCUUUAAGUGUAUUGAAUUAAUACAUUCAUUCUUUGUUAUGAUAUGAAAUACACUACGUUUUAAAAUUGACCAUACACAGUAGGUGAAUUUUCACAAAGUAUCAGUUUGGUAUUGCCGAUUCCAUCCUGACUUUUACUCAGUAUCGGAUGGGAAACGAAAUCAGUGAUACAUUAGCAUCUUUUAAACGUUGACAGAAACCAGGCGACGAUUGCAAAAAUAAAGUUACCCUUGGCCAGGUUUAUUUUUGUCCAAAAUCCAGUUGCAUGUCACAUCCUCAUCAUCAGUAUCGUCUGUCUGCCACCGGGCUUCAUGUCAGAGUCUUUUCUCAAACAUAAAAUUCAUCUGAGUGUGAAAUAAAUACAGCAGCUGUGCAACGUUAGAAAGACACGGUACAAAAGUAUUUACAUGUUGUCAGUACAAAGAAACAUUGCACAGCACCGCAAUAAAUACAGUCACGUUUAGUAGACCUGCGGAUGGAAAGAAUUGGAAACAAUAUUCGCACACAUUGGGCCUUAUUCACGAACAUCUUCUUAAAAGUCUUCUUAAGAAGUGUACUUAAGAAGGCGCGGGUUGGAAACUGCGCCACAUUCACGACACGUUCUUAAGUAGGGAUAAUCGUUCGCACCGGUGUUCUUAGGUUGAUGAAUGCCAACUGCGAUGCCUGUGCAUGUGAGGCCUAAUUUGCAUAGGUCACCGCCUAUUAUCUUCUAUAUAAGGUAAAAAAUGUGCGGUGCGCAACAGGCAGCUGGAGGCGGAGAUGGCAACGCGCAAGGGCAAGACUGAGGAGCAGCUGGACAACAAACGAAAGAAAAAGUUCAAUUCUACUGAAAUAGAGGUGCUUUUACAAGGAGUGAGCGAACACAAGACCACCUUAUUUUCACGUGUAUCCACCGGUCAUCAGUCCAUCCAAAAAGAGUCGGCAUGGAGCACCAUUGCAGGAAACAUAAAUGCCGUUUCCACGGAGAAACGCGCCACCGCAGAGGUUAAAAAGAAGUGGUUUGACUUAAAAUAGACUAAAAAAAAAAGAUUGGACUGCCUAAUUAAUACAGCAGCCCCGUGCUCUGGCUCAAGACGUGGCUGGGGGCGCAUGUCGUUAUCUGGGGGUGCUCUGUGCGCAAUAGACACACCACGUUUCAUUGCGAUGUUAUUCUGAUGAUCCUGCACCCCUGCAAGAACAGAGAGGGAAGCCUGAAGCCUGAAGCGGGACAUCAAAUAUUGGUGGCUUUCAGCAAAUAAAUCUAAUGGUCCCUUUACAUUCUCUCUCUGCGCAGCGCACGUCCAUGAAUUGAUGAAUUGAUGAAUUGGGAUUUGAAUAUAUAUUUAUCCAUGGAGUAUAUUUUAGUUGUUUUGAUGAUAAAUCAUUGUUGGGAUAUUUUAUUUGCACUACAUUUUUUGGGAUCAGGUUGCAAAAUCCAUCAUGAGGGCGAUUGCGCAUUGAAAGUGCAAGCUUUGCUUGUGUGUAAGAGUCCUCCUGAGCGUUCGUAGAAUUUGUUCUUAGAUCUAAAGAGUCCUCCUGAGCGUUCGUAGAAUUUGUUCUUAGAUCUAAGAACUGUGAGUUAAGAACACGUUUCGUGAAUGCCAAAAAUCUUCGUAAGAAGGCUUUAAGAACACAUUUGUGCGUAAGAACGUUUCGUGAAUGAGGCCCAUUAUUCUUUUCAAUUUUCUUCAAGCAGUAAAAAAAAAGUGUAAUUACCGUGAAUGUAGUGCUGCAACAACGCCCUCCUUCAACCCCCAAAGCUGAACAUGAUUCUAAAGAAAAACAAAACCCCCUAAAAGCAAACACUUGAGCUUAUUUCAGCACGGCCUGAGGUGCACGGCAACAUUUCCAUCCCUUCAUAAAAAGUGUAAACUUGGAAGAACUUGGCUCGAAUAUUCCUGAGUUCUGAGGUCUCACGUGCAGCAUCCGUCCUCUUUUUGGAAUCUAGCUUUCCUCCGUCUUGGAACUCUCGUCCACGUUCUCUAGGGAGUCGCCUCUCUGAAUGGACAGCUCGGCGGGGUCCAUCAAGGGCAGGAUGUUCUGCUCCGGGUACAACCAAGGCUUCUGGUCAGGAGAGUUCUGCCCCUUCCACACGGGGUAGUUCUGACCCGCCACGUGCACGCUCUUCAACACCUACAACACAGAGAGAGGCCAUCGUGGUUCGUAGAGUAUUCUUAGAAUACACUCAUUUGGUUAGAUAAAAAAACAGAAUUCAUUUUACAAGAAUAAAGUCGAGAUGGUAGGAGAGCAAAGUCAUAAUAUUAAGGAAGAAAGUGUCAUAUUACGAAAAAUUAUUUUCAUUGAAUUUACAGUAUUUUGUAAAGUAAUAUUCUGAGAAGCAAAGCAAAAAGAAUGAAGUUGCAAAUUUUUGGAAAAUUAGGUUGGGAAAAAGUUAGGAAAUUGUAAGAAUAAAAUCAAAACAUCACGAGAAAAAAGUUGCCAUCUAACGGGGAAAAAAAAGUCGGCAUUUUACGAGAGCGAAGGCGAAAUAUUGUGGGAAAAAACCCCAAAAAACCUUAUCAGCCACCUGAAACGCCAGCGCCGCGGCGUUUGAAAAGGUUUGCCAGAGACCUCCGUGGCGUCACACCGGCCAAAACCAGCUAAAACUCAACUCUGAAGCCCUGACAUCACUUCCUGUCCACAUGUCAGGAACACAUUUAUUGCAACACACAUGAUGACAAGUCUUAUUUAUGGCUUAUUUUCUUAUUAAGUCUACUAUGUUGGGUAAUAAGAGUGUAAAGGUGACUAUAGGGGUGUUAAUUUCAUGUCUAGAGGGCUCUAAUAAUGUUAAAAAGUCUAUUUGGAAGGUCUUAAACAGGUUUUCUAUGCUCUAAAUACCAAAAUAUUCCAUUUAUAAAUAAGGAAUCCUACUUUGGUGGAAAUUCACUCAUCAGGGUCGGUUCUGGAAUCAAUUACCUGCCAUAAACAAUGGAUUACUGUACACUGGAUUGGUUGUGGCAUCUUGAGCGUUGGUCACGUAAUAAAAUGUAACCGAGCAUCACCACGGGAACCUACACCUGUCCGAGACAGCUGAACGAAAACAGGGAACUUUUUCAGUCAUGUUUGCUUUUUUUCCACACGUUUCUGUCCUCAAAGUGAGAAAAUGUGGGUUUGGGCGUUAACUGCCGGCAACAAAACGUUCGUGUUGUGACGACGCCUCGCCAAGCGUUGUCACGGAUGUUGGCAGCUUCCUGGUUCUUAGGUGUGCUUUGAACACUCCCCACUUGACGCCUUCACAAAUCACUAACUAGCUUUUCUUUGACACACACACACACAAACUGGGAGAACGUGUUCUGCCAGCCGAGACAUCAACAGUUCAUUUGUCAGCAAACCUCAACCAGGAUGGGCCCUUCAGUUGAGUUUCCAUGGUUACCAUUGUCCUUUCACAUGUGAAACUUUCACUUUGAGCAAACUAUACACACACACACACACACACACACACACACACACACACACACACACAGAGUUGUCUUCAAAAUAAUAGCAGUCUGUUGAAAAAUGUGAGUAAAGCAACACCGCACAUUAUAUUUUAAAUCAAAACAUGAAGAAAAAUGGAUCCGUUCUUUAAUGACUUCAUCGAAAAUGAAGAAAAAUGACUACUGGGCCUGCAUUUUUCUUGACAAGUUCAAAUAUUUACCAUCUAAACUUUAGGAUUUAGCAUUUCUGUGAGUCACUCAACUAAUAUUUCGUAGUGUAAACACUGUUUCUAAGAAUGGCGUUGCAUGGAGUGGUAUUCCAAUUCCAGUCCACAGCCCAGGAUGAUCGGACAACAUUCCACAGUUCCUCCGCACAUCUUAGGUCCUGUCCACACGGAACGUCCUUGGAUUAGUAAAUAGUUGCAUCCAGACGGGAAGGGGUCACUGGGCGAAAAGGAUGUAAUACACAAGGCACACCUACGUGUGGCGAUGUAAACAGACACGCAGACGGAACCAUGUGACACACCAAACUAUAGAAGAAGAAAGAACGCGUGCCCGUAAGUCCGUAGUCUCCCGCUUUCCGAGGCUCGUCUAGACGUAUGACAAAGUGGAAUUACUUCUGCGAGUCAUUUUGGAGAAUAGGACAAAAUAUCGGGAGAAUGUCGAAAUAUUCAGAUCUUAUGUUAGCUUGGCGUCAAAGCUCCCUUCUGGUCAUGUGACGGUGACGGGUCUGUGAUGUCAUCGCUUCUGUAAAACAGUGUUUCAGCCAUCUAUCCAGAAACCACAAGCUGGCUGAACUCGGGGCGCCCCGAUCGAUGGGGCACCGAUCAGUAUCGGCAUAUGCCGAUACUUGCUUUUUAAUGCCGAUCAGCUCCGCCCCCACUGCAGCAUCCAGCCUGUAGCGACCGUCUCCCGUUCCCUUUCCCUCACAAAGCCACAACAAGCAUGUCUGCCGUGUGGGACGUCCUGUUGUCGUGAGAGUGAUAAGUUUUACAAAACCCGUCUUAAAUAACUUCAGUUUGGUGCAGCAUUUUGGGGGGGGGGGGGGCACUUGGCAGAGUGUGGUGAGUUUUUGCGGCUCACGUGGUGAUCAUCGGUCGGACAGCGGUUAAUUAGCCAAGACGCGGGACACGCCCAUGUGUGCAUGGCAUUCGUAGGUCUAAUGCGGACAACCCGAAAAGUGGUUGGAUUCGUCGGACUGGAUGGCCGACUGUCGGCGGCGGUGGAGGACGCCCAGUUUGCCGACUGCCUGAGGGUCCUGUUGGAGCGCCACCAAGCAGCUCUCGCAUCCAAAGUCUCCUUAAAGAAGGCGCCUGAUCGUCUAAGUUUUAUCAGUGAUUUUGAAAAAGUAAGUGAAAUAUGUUCGUUAUGGUUCCCCUUUCAUAUCAUAUAGCCCAGGGGUCACCAGCGUGAGCCCCCCACGACCACAUGAGGCGCCCACAUGCCUGCUUUUCAGUUAAUAAUGUGAGAAGACCAGAAAGUAGAAAAUGUGAGUUCAUGUUGUUGCUCUUCAGCAGGUCAGAGGGACUUUGCAGGGGAUCAGCUUCACACAGGCGCCUUGUAAUUGUCACAGUACGCACGGGUAACCCUUGAUCUGAUCAUUGGUACGAUCCAUUGGAAUGGUCGUCUUCCAUUUCCUUCCAUGGCUCUCUGGUUUUGCUUUCCAUUGAAAGCACUGGAGGUCAUCGUAGCUGAGCAGCCUACGAUUUUCUGCACUUCUUUGUACGUUUCCCCCUCAUCAAUCAAGGCUUUAAUCGAAGUAUGUCCUUCUUCAGGACAAUGUCUGGAACGAGCCAUUUUUCUCAGGUUUUCAGAGAGAAACGCAUGUGCAACAAGUGGAACGGAUGCCGGUACGUUGGUAAAAUCUCACCCCUUCGGCCUUACAAACGCUGGGUUGUCAGUCCGGGCUUUUGGCCCAACGAUUGGCGCUCUCGACUCCCAUUCUGAAGAUUCUGUGUUUGAGCCCAGCGUGGGGCUGGCUGAAACAGGCGGGUUACACGCGUGCUGGCUUCAUCCUUAAAUAACACGCCCCUUUUCUGUCAAUUCCACAGACUCAGGAGCAAGCAUAUCAUGAAUGUUUGGUCUGCAGGUUUUCUGGGAGUCUCCUACGCCUACUGGUAAACAGAGAUUGGUGAUCUGGUAAACCAUGUUGGACUGCUGUUAUUCUGAACACAACUGGAUGGAUUUGUAAGAAACGCCCACCCGUGCGCCAUCAGACUGAGCGUGGUGACUUACCCGCGGUGCCAGAACUUGGGAAGCUUUGUUUACUAACCACUUUGGGAGGGAACCUGAGAAAAAAGGUACAAAACAUAAAAGUCAAGAGCUCCAAUCAGAGUUCUCUGUGUGGAAGUCCACCUUACCUUUGGGGUCGGCUUGUGAAAGGUAGAUGAAAAUGCAGCUGUUGGGCCCCGUGGGUUUGAUGUAGUAGCCGGUGAGGAUGGAAAUGGCUCGAACCAUGUCACUUCGAGGAGGGUAUUUCUGAAACGGCAUGUGACGGCUGGUCAGAAUUCAAACAAGACGAGAGGCUCCUCGAGGCGGACGUACCGGAUGUUUGACUGAGAAGUUGAUGAUGACGUACUCGUCAUCGGUCACCCGCCACGAGCGCAGCGUCACCACGUCUCUGUUCUUGAUCGGCUUCGGACAACGCCCUGCGGAGGACACAAGGCAUCUCUCAGACCUAAAAACGAGGGCUUUGUUAUGGCAACAAACACAAACGGACGGGACUCAGGGCGUCAAAACUCCUGGAAAUGUGGCAUGAAAGAGUCCCAAGCAGCUUGUCACCGCUCACAUGAGUAGUAGCCAAUGUCGGCGCAGGCGGAGACGCGGGCAAUGUCAAAACUGUCCAGCAUGUUGUGGUCCCAUUUCUUUCGGUACUGGCUGUCAUGCAGCACGUCGUACAUGACGGCGGCCGAAACGUCCUUGAUCGCGAUUUUGCACUGGAAAAAGGAAGGAAAGUCACAAUCAUUCUGCCAAAUUGAAUCCAAAUUUUCUCACCUAAAUGAUUGUUUUUAUGAUGCAUGACACUUGUAGGUUGACUACCUUUGACUUAACCCCCAUGACUUGUGUUUGAAUGACUCCCAGCAGGUUAGUUCACAUUUCACAACACAUUCAACUACGUGCAACUGUCUGCAUGUCAAUCACGUUGGAUUCAUCAGCAUAUUAUUUCACAUGCCUUUUUUCAUGCAUUUGUUAGUACCUAAUCCAUUUGUAAAUAUGGCAAUGGAUUUAUUGGAAGUGAAAAAAAAAUAUUCUUCCAAUUGAAGAUGGAAAAUGUUAGUGCAAUGUUGAGACCAAACGUUUAUCCAGCGAGGCCACGUAGUGAAAAAUGAAAGCAUGCACCUCUGCCGCUUUCAUAUUUGAUAACGCAACACCACGUGUAUGUUUCAAGAGGACGUUACUUUUAUUCAGAAUAUUCUGACUUUAUUCUUUGAAACUCUUUUCGCUUCAUAUUUUGACUUUAUUCUUAUGAAAUGAUUGCUGUUUUUUUUUUUUCCAGCCAUUUGAAAUUUCUUCUUGUAAAUGUCCUCCUCGUGCUUUUAUGACUUCAUUCCCAGAAUAUUUUCACUUUAUUUUCUUUACAUUGUCAUUUUUUCCACAUGCUAAUUUUCCAAAAAUGACAACUUUCUUCUUUGGUUUCUCAUAUUACAAAAUGUCUUUUUUCGUUUACAUUUUCAAUUUUAUGCUACUAAAAAAGGAUUUUUCCUCAUAUUAUUACUACAUUAUUACUACAUUAUUAUUAAUACAAGCUUUUUCUCCUUAAUAUUUUGACUUAAUCCUCAACAAAUGAAUACAGGUUUUUAUUUUUAUUUUUUAUUUUAAUUUUCUUCUCGUGCUUAUGACUUUAUUCCUGUAAUAUUUUGACUUUAUUUUCACCAACAUUGUAAUUUUGUCCGCAACCUAAUUUUCCAAAAAAUUACAACUUUCUUCUUUUGUUUGUUUCCUGUAUUACAAAAUGUCCUUUUUCUUUAUUAUUUCAACUUUAUGCUACUGAAGGACUUUUCCUCAUAAUACUACGUUAUUCUCGUAGGACUUUUUUUGUUCAAAUACAACUUUUUCUUUUAAUAUUUUGUCUUUUUUUUUUGUAAAAUUAAAUUACCCCUUAAUUUAAAAAACCCUUUUAGUUUAAAAUGAUAUUUUUCGAAUGUGCCGCGAGCCACACUUUGGACACCCCUGGUUUAAACCAUGAAUUGUGUAUGUGUAUUUGUGAGCAAUAAAGUUUGAUUUUUUGCAGUCAUUAAAUAAAACAAAUAUUAUUGUGAUUUGUUGUCAAAUACAAUUCAAAUAUUUUACAAAUCAUUUAAUAUUUGAAUGUGAUUUUAUUUAAAAAUGCGAUUUUUUUCAUGUUUGUAAAAAAAAACAACCCAGAAAACAAUCCCAUUUAUUAACAUGUCCAAAUAUGAAUAUGUCAAAUCAGAUGAUCAGGUUUGAUUUAGUUGUACUUGACAUUCCUUAGGAUAAAAGUGGAAUUUGCAGGCGAUACACUCACUGAAUGAUUGUAUGUUUGCUGUACAUUCACGCAUGCUGUACGCUUACCUUGAGCUUGUGUAUUUUGGGUCCAACGUGGUGUUCUUUCUCGGUGGGAAUCUCAAUCCACACCUGCAUGCCAUGACUGUUGUACUUGCUGUGCCACUUGUCCGUGGACAAACACUGAUUCUUGAAGUCCGUAAAAGCAGACUCGUCAGGUAGGAUGCUGGAAAAAGACAUGGCAACCCUCCACAAACAGCAAAAAUAAAAACCCUUUCUUCUGCUUCUUUUUCUUCUUCGUUCGCGGCAAGUGUAUACUGUAUGUGUGUUCUCAGGUCCGGAGACAAGUGAAACUGGUGCAAACUGCUGGGUGAUUGCAUUAGCGUCAAUAUGAGUGAGUGUGAGCGUCCCAAUCAAGUCGAGCAGGAUUUUUUGCUGCCGAAUUCCUGAGCCACCCCCCACACACACACCUCCAUC